CUUUUUGCCAGGAAGGCACACAAGGGGAAAAGACUCAAAAGCCACAACCCAACAACAGCAACGAAGGGAGCUGCGGUCCAUUUGCUGUCUUCGAAAGUUAGUUUGCUUCUGAUACUUCCUUUUGAAGGCCACAUAUUAAUAGCACCAAUCACUGGAGUUUGUUGUCUAACCAGUCAGCUAGCUAGCUCGUCAAUCAGUUUGUUGUUGUUGCAAGCUUGCUACGUCUACUUCCGUCGUUUGCCUUGGUUGGUUGAGCAAGUUAAUCAUAUUUUGCUGUAUUUUUGUAGACCAGACGAGUCUUUUUUCGUUUGCGAGUGGAAAGUCGAACAACACGGCAACAAUGUCCCCUACCGAAACGGAUGCCAGCAAGGGCGGCGAGCAUGAACUGAUCAACAGUCUUGGGAUUUCUCUGUCUGGUAGCGGAGGUCAACUGAAAGCGGAUGAUCAAUCAGCGCCGGAUUUGGUGGACACGGAAGACGCUGGUUAUGAAGUGGUGCCCAAUCCCAGUGCCGAUGCCGUUGAUUGGACUGAUAUUCCAAAGGACGCAGUCAAGAGCGCCAAGGCGUUAGCGAAAGCGGACCCUGAUUCUGAGUUGGACGCCCUUCAAGAACUCUUGCCAGAUGUCAAGGAGCGCAGGCGGAGCAACGAAGUGGACGACCCUGACGAGGCUGCUACUGCCAACAAUAAUAACAACAACGAAGGGAAAGGCGGCGAUGACGCUGAUAUUUCGGGGGAAGUCGAUGUAGACGAUAUCAUCAGUGGCGGCGAAGGAGGCGUUCCCAAUGGCGGCAAGCGCUUCGCCAAGAGAAUUUCCAUGCAAUCAGGAGCGUCCUCGACCGGUGUGCAAAACAUCUCCGCGGCUCCUCCCGUCGACAUGCAUCGUGUAGACUCGAUGCGAGCCCAGCGAAGUAAAGACCUAGACGAUUCCGUUGCCAAACCAACCGAAGGAAAUCAGACAGCGCCGGAUGCGUAUCAACGAGCUGCCAAGGAAGAGAUUGCCUCCUCUUCCCAUGAAGAUGACGAGAGCGACAAGUACUCGGGGCUCUCUGGAAAUGAAUCCGAUGCUCCUGCUCCUGGUGAGGGACCCAAGGAGGGAUUCGUAGGAGAAGAAGCCAACAAGGACAUCCCGAAGGAGUUCUACAACAACAUGGCUUCUGGACAGUCCGUGUCCACUGCUACACAGACACACGAAGUCAGAAUGCCCAUGUACCUUCCCACCUUCAAGCCAGCUACUGGAUGCACUAAUGCCUCGGACUUUAUUGUGCGUUGCUUUGUGGCUCGUCUGCGAUCGGGCAUUACUGUCGUCAAGCAUGGAAGGUCGCGCUGGUGUAAGUCUCGUCUGCGUGUCCUACACAUUCAUCCCGAUGGAUGCUCCUUGAGUUGGAAACCUGCGGAAGGGGAACCAACUAGCAAUCGAAGACCUCCCAAGCUCGAUCUCACACAGUGCCUCGAAGUACGACAUGCAUGGAGUCCUGACCCACAAAACCCCAUGUACACGGGGACCCCCAUUCUCCGACAAAAAUGUGAAGCCGCCAAUGCUCACAAGAGCUUUGCACUCAUCUUCCCAAAGCGCACGGUGGACAUUACGGCUGUGACCGCCGACCAGUGCAAGGUACUCAUGGAAGGAUUCUCAGCUCUCUGCUUUCGCUUGCAAGUCGCUGAUCUCGCUGGAAAGGGAGCCAACAAGAAGGGUGGCGCUCAACAGCGCAUGCCCGAAGAGGAUGGAGUCUCCACCACGGCGAGUGUCACCCUCACCAACUCGUCCACUCCAAGGGCACGUUAAGGUCCGCAUUGCUUCGAGUCAGGCCAAGACUAGACGAAUCGAAUCGAAACGAAACCGCAAUAAGAUCUGUAGAGUAUUACGUCCCUGGCAACAAGCCAGCGAAUCAUCGUCACACAUCCUUCAUAUACAUCCGAUUGAAUCAUUCUAUUCGACGUGGGCGGAAAAGAAUGCACAUGGACGAUUGAAUUGAAUUGAAUUCGCCGCGUUCGUACUUUUUAAAAACGAUUAGACAUAUUAUUUCUUCUCU